CAGGAAGGUCACAUCAUCCCUCACCAUCAUCAGAGUGAAGAACUGAAAGACAUCAAAGUUGAGAAUAAAAUGGAAACAGAAGAGAUGUUUGAGGAUCCGCAGUCUAUGGGAGGGGGAGGUCCUCUGUAUUCCCGGGAUUCCACACAGGAAGGUCACACCAUCCCUCACAAUUAUCAGGGUGAAGAACUGAAAGACAUCAAAGAUGAGAUUAAAGAGGAAGAAGAAGAGACAUUGGUGAGUGGAGAUCAGCAGUCUAUGAAGGAGGGGGAGAUGAUUACGGAAUGUAAACAGGAGGAAUCUUCUCUACAUAUAGACACAACAGAUGACCAUAAUGUCGGGAAUACGUCUGAGGAAUCUUCUGAUAAAUCACAUACCAGGACUCUAAGAUCUCACAGUAGAAAUGCUUUAAUAGAUCCGUCUAUUCCCGAGGAAUCUUCUUCAGGGCAGGAAGGAGAUCACACAGAAGAAAGGUCAUUGUCAUGUUCAGUGUGUGGGAAACUUUUCACAAAAAAGAGAGACCUUCUUAAACACAAGAAAUGUCACACGACUGAGUGUCCCUAUUCAUGUUCAGAGUGCGGAAAAUGUUUCACUCUGAAAAACAAUCUUAGUAGACACCAGAAGCUUCACACUGGGGAGCGCCCCCAUUCAUGUUCAGAGUGCGGGAAAUGUUUCUUUCGGAAAAAUCACCUUCUUAAACAUCUUAGAAUGCACACGGGUGAACGUCCCUUUCCAUGUUCAGAGUGUGGAAAAUGUUUCACUGAGAAAAGAAUUCUUCUUAUACACCAAAGAAGUCACACAGGUGAAUGUCCUUAUUCAUGUUCAGAGUGUGGGAAAUGUUUCUCCGACAAAAAAAAUCUUAUUGCACACCAGAUAUGUCACACGGGCGACCUUCCCUAUUCUUGUUCAGAGUGCGGGAAAGGUUUCACUGAGAAAAAAAGUCUUAUUAGACACCAGAAGCUUCACACGGGGGAGCGUCCCUAUUCGUGUUCAGAGUGCGGGAAAGGUUUCAUCGCAAAAGAAAAACUUCUUGUACACCAGAGAGAUCACACGGGUGAGCGUCCUUAUUCGUGUUCAGAGUGUGGGAAAUGUUUUAAUUGGAAAUAUUCAUUCGAUGAACACCAGAAGAUUCACAUAGGUGAGCGUCCCUAUUCGUGUUCAGAGUGCGGAAAAUCUUUCACUCAGAAAAAAGCCCUUCAUGAACACCAGAGAAUUCACACGGGUGAGCAUCCUUAUUCAUGUUCAGAGUGCGGGAAAUCUUUCAUGCAGAAAGGAAGGCUUCUGCAACACCAGAGAAUUCACACAAGGGUGGGCUUCCUUCUUAGCUACCGCAGGACCCAAUCUGCCUUCAAUCCUGCAGCUGAUUUUAAGGUGGUGAAGAAAAUAUCUGGUGAUCCAUUAACACCCAGCAACUGGGAGGAGUGGGAGUAUUUAGAAGGACACGAGGAUCUCUACAAGGACGUCAUGAUGGAGAAUCAGCCGCCCCUCACAUCACCGGAUGACCAUAAUGUCCGGAAUACGUCUGAGGAAUCUUCUGAUAAAUCACAUACCAGGACUCUAAGAUCUCACAGUAGAAAUACUUUAAUAGAUCCGUCUGUUCCCGAGGAAUCUUCUUCAGGGCAGGAAGGAGAUCACACAGAAGAGAGGUCAUUGUCAUGUUCAGUGUGUGGGAAACUUUUCACAAAUAAGAGAGACCUUCUUGGACACGAGAAAUAUCACACUGCUGAGCGUCCCUAUUCACGUUCAGAGUGCGGGAAAUGUUACACUCAGAAAACAAAACUUUCUAUACAUCAAAGAAGUCACACGGGGGAGCGUCCUUAUUCAUGUUCAGAGUGCGGGAAAUGUUUCACUGAGAAAGGAAGCCUUAUUAGACACAAAAGAAUUCACACAGGUGAAUUUUCAUGCUCAGUAUGUGGGAAAUGUUUCACUGACAACCAAAGUCUUCUCACACACCGGUACAGUCACACGGGUGAGCGUCCCUUCUCAUGUUCAGAGUGCGGGAAAUGUUACACUGAGAAAAAAAAACUUUGUAUACAUAAAAUAAGUCACACAGGUGAGCAUCCUUAUUCAUGUUCAGAGUGCGGGAAAGGUUUCAAUUGGAAACAAAGUCUUAUUGCACACCAGAGCAGUCACACGGGUGAGCAACCGUAUUCAUGUUCGGAGUGCGGGAAAGGUUUCAAUUUGAAACAAAGUCUUAUUGCACACCAGAGCAGUCACACGGGUGAGCAACCCUAUUCAUGUUCAGAGUGCGGGAAAGGUUUCAUUUUAAAAACAAAACUUAUUGCACACCAGAGAAUUCACACAGGUGUGCUACCCUAUUCAUGUUCAGAGUGCGGGAAAGGUUUCAAUGUGAAAAAAAGUCUUAUUACACACCAGAGAGGUCACACGGGUGAGCAACCCUAUUCAUGUUCAGAGUGUGGGAAACAUUUCAGUCGGAAAAUAAAUCUUAUUCGACACCAGAGGCUUCAUACGGGGGUGCGUCCCUAUUCAUGUUCUGAGUGCGGGAAAGGUUUCAUUGAGAAAGCAAAACUUCUUGUACACCAGAGAGAUCACACGGGUGAGCGUCCUUAUGCAUGCUCAGAGUGUGGGAAAUGUUUCAAAUGGAAAUAUUCAUUCGAUAUGCACCAGAAGCUUCACAUAGGUGAGCGUCCCUAUUCAUGUUCAGAGUGCGGGAAAUCUUUCUCACAGAAAGGAAACCUUGUGGAUCACCAGAGAAUUCAGUGCGGGAAAUCUUUCAAUCAGAAAGGACGCCUUGUGGAUCACCAGAAAGUUCACACAGAUCCCACAGUCAACACCACGAUCAACAAUGGCCUUAUGCUCCCUCUUGUAUCUCACAACAGGAUCCCUGUUAAGGGGUGUGUAGGUGGCAUCGUCAUCAACGAUGCGAUGCAUCUCUGCGAGAUAAUCACAUCUAUCCAAGAUGACGAUGCCACCCCCUGUCAGCAGGUCUUAUAA